GCCACCUGUCAGUCUCCAUCAAUACCAGCUGUCAGUGUUCAUCAAUGCGACCUGCCAGUGCCCAUGAGUGCCAGAUCAAUGCCACAUAUCAGUGCCUACCAGAGCACAUCAAUGCCACAUAUCAGUGCCCAUCUGAGCUGCCUUUCAGUGUCACCUAUCAGUGACAGUCAGUGCCACCUAUCAAUGCCAGUCAGUGCCACCUAUCAGUGCUGCAUCUUCAUCAGUGCCACCUAUCAGUGCCCAUCAGUGCAGCCUAUCAGUGCCCAUCACUGCAGCCUCAUAUCAUUGAAGGAGAAAAAUCACUUAUUUACAAAAUUUAUA